UACAAUAACAACGUUAAUUGAUCAUAAUUCUUAAUCAACGGACACAGAUAGCCAGUUCCAAAUUGAAUGCCUUGCGCUAUCUAUUGUGAUCAAUCUUGAUUGACAGCUUGAUUGAUGGGCUAUUUCGUCACGAGCACCGAUCGUAAUCAGGAUUUUGUGCGCAUGAUCAGAUCGCGGCGGCGUCAGUCGACUAGUCGAGACUCGGCCUCCAAUGGUGAUGGACGUGCUUGUAACGCCGCCCGCGGCUGCGGCCGAAAAACCUACAUUUGACGAACAGUUUAUAACCGAAUUCGAAACUCUCUCAGAACUAUGGAACUCCCAGCAUAACGAUUACACGAAUAAAUUAAAAAGGCAGAAAGGGUACAACAAGUUGUUGGCAGUUUUUAAACGAUAUAAACCGAAUGCCACGGUGGACGAUGUGCGCAAGAAAAUAAACAGUUUGAGGUCGAAUUAUAGGCGGGAGUUGAGAAGGAUUGCGGAGACGCAUAGAAAUGGGGAUGUUUACACGCCAAGGUCGAAGUCGUUUAAGCUGCUUAGUUUUUUGUAUGACACGGAGAUGCCAGAUUACACUGAACAGAACCCUCAGACAGUAGAUGUGUUUGUAAAAUGCGAAGAACCAGAAACAACGGAGUCACAGCUUUCAAUGUCUCCCGUCCGCGAAGCCCUUGACUAUAACAGCGUAUCGCCAACACAUACCAAUAAAAGCGAUAUACAUCAACCAACCUUUCUAUCAGCUCGAAGUCCAAUGUAUCAACAAGUUGUACAUCCUUUGCAAACUGCAAACGAAAAUUUUUAUGACUACAAUAGCAUAUCACCUACACAAACCAAAAGCGAAGCAUGUCCAGCCUUUCUGCCAUCACCUCGAAAUCCGUAUCAACAAGUUCAACAACAGCAUACUACAGCAUGGUCACUAGCGCACAUUUGGUCUCAAAAGCUGGAAAAAAUGGAGCCGAUGCAAAGAUUAUUAGCAGAGAAAGCUAUCAAUGAUGUGUUGUUUGAAGCGGAAUUGGGGAAUUUGAACAAGAAUUCUGUUAAAAUUAAUGAAUGUAACGAGGGGGACAAAUGA